AUGUCCGCCCAACCAUCAGCGCCCGUGAAGCGCCCAUCUGAGGAUGACCACGGCAGCGGAAAGAAGCAGAAGGAGCCGACCUACGAGACGUACGACGAGUGUUUCGACGGCGGCGUCGAGAUGGAGGAGAAGGGAGAGCGCUACAAGGACGGCGAGAAGGCCCUGAGGUUCUAUGAGAAGGCGGCUGCGCUGUACCAGAAGGCGCUUGAGAAGAAGGAAACCUACGAUGCGGCUUACAACCUCGCCCGUGUGCAGUUCCGUCUCGCGACCGAGUUCCUCCUCCCGCCCUCCGUGCUUGACGUUUACGCCUCGUCGAUCGGACUGUUCAAGCAGGCGAUGGAGCUCACGACCGACCCGCUGCUCAAGGCGGACGCCGCCUUCAACCUUGCGCAGGUGCUCUCGUCCUGGGCCGACUUCAUGGAGGAGUACGUCGGCGACGUCGGAGAGAACGCCAAGGAGCUGCGCGACGGCGCUGUCACGCUCCUCACGCCCGUCGUCAACACGCAGAUGACUUGGGUUGAGGGCCAGCGCCGCGAGGACGAGGAGAAGGCCAAGGCCGACGAGGGCAAGACUGAGGAGCAGAAGCAGGCUGAGGCGAAGGAGAAGACCGACGAAAUGCAGGUCGACGGCGAUGAGGAGGUUUACGAGGAGCACAAGCCGACGCCAGACUCGGUCGUCGACUCGCUCCUGAUGAUUGCUGAGAUUGGCACGCGGCUGUGGGAGACGGCCGAGCCGCUCCAGCCCCCGACCGAGCAGAACCAGGAGGCCGUCCGCGGCAUGGUCGAGACUGCGCGCCAGUACGCCUCGCCGGAGCGUCAGCCUGAGGUUGACCUUGCCGACUUCAAAGUUCUCCUCGCCUACGACGGUGUCAUGUGGGACCUCAUGAAGGACAAGACGACGCCCAACUCGGGCAUCGAGAAGAGCAUGGACGCCGCGAUCAGCGCGCUCACCAAGCUGCUGAACAGCCUUGACGCGCAACCGGGCCAGGACAGCACGACGCGCGCCGACAUCCUCACAACGCUGGCCGAGACGGAGAUGGCCGCCGGUGAGCGCACCCUCUUCUUCAUGAAGAAGUUCCCGGACCAGGCCGCCGCCCUCGCGCCCAAGGCGUGGUCGUACUUUGCCGCUGCGACGCAGCACCUGACCGCCGCGACCGGCCUUCCGCCGACGCAGCAGACGCCGAAGGAGUUCCGCCCGAACCUGUACAUCGAGCUCGCCAAGGGCUCUCUGAACCGCGCCCGUCUUGCGCCCGCCUACGACGCGGCCAAGAACAACGCGCAGCAGCUCCUGAACAACUGCUCGGCGUACUGCGCCAAGGCGGCCGACACGCUCGGCUGGAACCUCCCCAAGCUCCCGACUAAGGACUCGGAGACGACUGCGACCAGGCUCGAGCCCCCGCACGCGUCCGGAUGGGACAUGGAGCUGCUCGCGCGCACGCUCGUGUUCCUCGAGCUGCGCAUCUGCUACUUUGUCCGCGCCGGCAAGAUCAUCCCCGACGACGCCGCCAAGGCCAAGUACGAGGCUGCCGCCAAGGCCAUCGUCGCCAGCGUCACGGGCGUGCCCUCCGGACCCCGCCGCAUCAUGCCGAAGGACCUGCAACGUUUCGUCGAGGACGUGGAGGAGGCCGAAGGCGGCCUCGAGCCCGAGGAGGACGAGUGGUGGCGCGAGGUCGGCCAGGGUCUCCGUAACGGCCUCUCCGAGGAGGAGGCGCCGUGCACGCGUCCCCUGGCGCAGAGCCUGUUCGACGGUGUGGGUGAGGAGCAGCCCGCCGCCCAGUAG